AUGUCAAGCACAAACAAGGAGUUCAGGAGCCACGCGGAGCCCGAUCUCGACGUAAAAGAUCAGGAUGAGUGGGAUAUGCAACGCCUGGGCAAGGCGCAGCAGUUGAAGAGAAACUUCCGAUUUUACUCCAUCCUGGGGUUUACCACCACUUUGAUGGCUACAUGGGAGUCAAUUUUACUCACGAGUACGUAUGGUCUGACCGAUGGCGGCCGUGCAGGCAUGGUGUAUGUCUAUAUUGGCUCUUUCGUCGGCUUCUUCGCUGCUGUCAUCUCCAUGGCAGAGAUUGCCUCAGUAUCACCUACAUCCGCUGGUCAAUACCACUGGGUAAGUGAAUUCGGUCCACCAAGGGCGCAGCGCUUCUUGAGCUAUCUUACUGGAUGGUUAUCGGUGUUGGGAUGGCAAGCUGCGUUUGCUAGUAUUUGCUUCCUCUGCGGUACCCUGAUACAGGGACUAUUGGUUUUCAACUACUCCGGCGACACCGGCUAUGUAUACGACUUCCAUCGUUGGCAUGGAACCCUCCUCACCAUCGCAAUCGCAGCAGUUGGAACCCUCGUAAAUACCUACGGCGCAAAGUUUCUUCCUCCUCUGGAGGGGGUCAUCCUGGGCCUCCAUUUGGGUGGAUUUGUCGCUGUCCUGGCCACGAUAUGGGGAAUGUCGUCCGGAACUGUUCCAGAUCACGCUGUUUGGAAAGAGUUUUCGAAUUCAGGCGGAUGGUCAAGCAUGGGCUUGGCCUGUUUAGUGGGCCAAUUGACUCCAAUAUUUUCAUGGACUGGGCCUGAUGCUGCUACUCAUAUGGCCGAGGAAGUUCAAAAUGCCUCCUUCGUCAUCCCGUGGUGCAUGGUUUCUACUGCUUUAAUUAACGGUGGAUUGGGCUUCAUCAUCCUUGUUACUCUCUUAUACAACAUGGGUCCCCUCACCGAUGUCCUCGCGCCUGCAAGCGGAUUCUCCUUCAUCCCCGCUGUUCACUAUGCUACUGGGUCUACAGCCGCAACGAAUGGCGUGGCUGCAAUCAUUCUCGUUAUGGAAGUUUGCAGCGCCAUAAGUAUUCUCGCCACUGCAUCUAGACAGACGUUUGCUUUUGCCCGCGACAAUGCGCUCCCCUUUUCAAAUGCCUUGGCACACAUCAACAAGCGUACUCAGAUACCUGUUACAUCCGUGUUGGUGUCCACUAUUAUCACUGUUCUAUUGAGUUUAAUCAAUAUUGGCUCAACUGCAGCAUUCAAUGCCAUCGCAUCAGUGAUGAUUGCCGCCCUAUUUACGACCUACAUUCUUUCAAUCGCCGCUUUCAUUCGAGCUCGACGACUUCCCGGUGGGAUACCGCCCUCUCGAUUCUCGCUUGGCUGGCUAGGAAUGCCAAUCAAUUGUUUUGCUGUAGCUUGGCUCUGCUUUUCUAUUAUAUUUACUUUCUUCCCAACAGCGAGCAACCCGACACCCGUCGAUAUGAACUGGUCGAUUCUGGUGUUUGGCGUUGUCGUUAUUUUCGCCAUUAUACAGUACCUUGUUCAUGGUCGUCGUAUUUAUGAGGCACCUGUCACUCAAGUGCGCAAAACGAAUUGA